CCACAAGAUCGGGCACAUGUCCGGCCGGUUCGAUCCGAACCGGACGUCCAAGGCGCCGCUCACCAAGGCCCAGGUGGCCAGCCGGGUGAACCACAUCACCAAGGCGAACUUGGCGGAGGACUGGAGCUACGGGCUGGCGCCCUGCGACAGGAACCAUCCACCGGCGCGGGUUUUUGAGCGCCAGAACGCCGAGGACGGCGACCUGGCGACGAAGAGGUGGACGCCGGAUCUCGUCGAUCCGGCUGACCAAGCCGGCGACCAUGCCGGCGACGACGAUCUGGAUCAACAAUGGCUCAAAAUGGGCUUGGAAUUCAUCAAGUUCAAGAUCAAAUGA